AUGAGUGUCGAUGAGAGCGUGGCGAUACAAGGGUUUGGAAAUCAGGGUACGCAGAGUUGGUUCCAUAGCCAGGAGGUGGAUGUCAUGAUUGAUUCGCCGGUGGUGUGUAAAGCGUGGAGGGAGGGGGUUGAGAGAAAUCAGAACACAGCUACAUAUGGUCGCACAGCCAACGGCGGGUGCUGGUAUAACAAAGAUGGAGCACUGGCGGCGGGUAGCUACGGCACGAACGCAGGUAAAUUUUCUUGGGCGAAAGGGAUCAUGGGCACGUUGAAAAAAGCUGAGGGCAAGUAG